CGAGCGGGGGUUGCAUGUUUUGGCGCAGAUAAGCGAGAAUGGAUGGGGCUCUUUUCUAUGGGAGAGAGGGAGAAUCUCUACACGGCCCAGCAUCCCUCGGAGCGAGCUGAGAGUGAAAAUGGGAGCGAUGAAAGGGACAUCCGAAGGGCAGCCGUGCUCUGGAGUACGUUGUAAAACGGGGUGGUUUCUCGCGAAGGGCGGACGGAUGCUGACUAGGCCAGAGUCUCUGGACCGAUGGGGAUGCAGAUUUUAGUACUGAACUAGACGUCAUCGGUGACGGCCGCGUGACUUGACUUGACUCGUUGGGUGAUUCGGGAGAUUGUUGGGAACUGAUAGGAACAGAGAUUUUGCCACCAGUCAGUGUAGGUUUUGGUGCCACGGUACGCCCUUGGGCCUUGUGUGGAGUUUCCGAGAGUGUGAAUACGCGAAGGGUGCAGCAGGGGACAUUUCGCUAGGUCAGCAGGACAAACAGCCAGUGGCACAGGAGUGUGUGGUCGCCGAUGGCAGCGAUGACAACAUCGUCGACUGCGGCACCAAUGAAGAGAUUGGGGUUGUUUUCGUUCGGGUGGAUGUUGCGAGGUUGAACCCCACCCCUGGAUCUCCGGAACCAGCGGAAGAGUGCUGAUGGAAAAUUAAACUUUGAAAAGCCGAUUCCGGGUUGUGGAAAAGUUGACUUGCGGUUGCUGGAAUCAGGUUCUGUUUGGUGAAAUGGCUCGGUGGAAAGCUUCCGACUCGGUGGAGUGACAGGUGCAGGACGGGUCCGGGAGGAUAUCGAAUUAAAAUUUAAAAUCCAAUUCAAUCGAAUCGAAGAGUUUGACGCAGAGUUUGAUUUAUUGUCGGGCUUCUUCGCGGUGACAGUUUGAGUGAAAGGUUUUCGGGUUCGAUUCGACGGCGUUCUGUUGGGUGGGGUGGGGCGGUCACAGUUGGAGGCUGAAGAAAAGAACGUGUAUGAAGUGCUCUCGACUGCCAAGAGAAGUGUUUUCGGCUGGUUCGCAGCUGGCAAGGAUCCUAUACGUUCGUAUUGUAUAUCGGUUCGGAUUUUGUGCAAGUCAAUUCGAUUUAGAGGAGCUGCAUGCUUCCUCUGCCACAGCUGUCGAAGCGAAUAAAGAGAAAUAAGGAAGAAAUCGACAGCUACGUGAGUGGAUGUACGGAGAGUGCAAUUCUGAAUGUUAUUGAUAUUCAAAUCAACAUGCCAUCUCAGAAGCAAUUUAUUACGAAGAUGGCACAAUUUAUUGCGCUGAUAGAAGAAUAAAAGUCAGUACUUUUUUCCUUCGCCGGAGGCUCUCGGAUAUUGGACCUAGCCGCCUGGAAAGAAGAAACAUUCCCUGCGGUGGAUAAACAGAAGCAACAGUGCUGUCAAAACGGUCGUAAGCAGCUGAAAUGAUAACAGAAACACAAAUCAAGGAGAUGAAAUAUGCUCGUAAAUAGAGACUCGUAAAGGGAAUUCCUCCAUUCCUCAGCGCUCAUCUUAUCAGAGUUAUUCGUGUGUGCUUUCUUCGUCCUAGUAUAAAUCUCAUGUGUUAGUGCUCUCUAGUGAAUAAGUGAAUGUCAAUUGUGUCCUAUUUCCAUCCAUCUCUAAUCCAAAAUUAUAAAAGAAGAUUAAUUUGGGUGAUUUUCCGUGAAAUUAAAUCCCAAAUACCAACAUCACACAGUGUAAGCCACCGUAAGAAAAAUUACCGUGUCACCGUACCACCAGAAGAAAAAGAAAAUUACGAGUGCUUUCCAUAUUCUUCAGACACCCAUCAGGAGAAUCCAACGAAAAAUUUAUAGAACGUUGUCACCACCUCCGCCAGCUUCGUUCCCACACAAAGUAAUGAUGGAAUUAAUCACAGCGACAAAGCAGACGCGUCAGCUGUCACCAUCUCACUGUCACCGGAUUCGGUGGAGCGGAUUGUCGGUGACCGUGGUUAUGCUGCCGCUGUUGCUGCUACUGCUGCUUACAAUGGGCGCUAGGACAAACGCACAAACAUCGCCGCAGACGGAGAAGAUUCCACUGGGUGCCAUCUUCGAGCAGGGCACGGACGAGAUCCAGUCCGCCUUCAAGUUCGCCAUGCUGAACCACAACCUGAACGUUUCCGCCCGGCGCUUCGAGCUGCAGGCCUAUGUUGACGUAAUUAACACGGCGGAUGCGUUCAAAUUAUCACGGCUCAUAUGUAAUCAAUUUUCCCGCGGCGUGUUCGCCAUGCUCGGUGCCGUCUCGCCGGAUUCCUUCGACACACUGCACUCGUACAGCAACACGUUCCAGAUGCCGUUCGUCACGCCCUGGUUCCCGGAAAAAGUCCUGACGCCGUCGUCGGGCUUUCUGGACUUUGCCAUCAGCAUGCGGCCCGACUACUACCAGGCCAUCAUCGACACCGUGCGGUACUACGGCUGGGACCGGAUCAUCUACAUGUACGACUCGCACGACGGUCUCCUCAGGCUGCAGCAAAUCUACCAGGGCCUCCGACCGGGCAACGAAACGUUCCACGUGGAAACGGUCAAACGGAUAGCGAACGUCAGCGAUGCCAUCGAGUUCCUGCGGACCAUCGAAGAGCUCAAUCGGUGGUCCCGGAAGCACAUCGUGCUGGACUGUAGCACCGAGCUGGCCAAGGACAUCGUUGUCAGCCACGUGCGGGACAUUACGCUGGGGAAGCGCACCUACCACUACCUGUUGAGCGGACUGGUGAUGGACGACCGCUGGGAGAGUGAAGUGAUCGAGUACGGUGCCAUCAAUAUCACUGGCUUCCGGAUCGUCGAUACCAGUCGAAAGUACGUGAAGGAAUUUCUGGACGGCUGGAAGCGGCUGGAUCCGCAGACCUCGCAGGGCGCCGGCAAGGAACUCAUUUCCGCCCAGGCUGCCCUGAUGUACGAUGCGGUCUACGUGCUGGUCGAGGCGUUCUCGAAAAUCGUUCGCAAAAAGCCGGAUCAAUUUCGGGCGUACACCAUGCGCACCAGCCGGGGCCAGUUCAAUGUGCCCCCGAACGGGACCCGGCCGAUUGAUUGCAACGCGUCCGGACGGGGGGUGCAACCGUGGGAGCACGGCGAUAAAAUUUCCCGGUAUCUGCGAAAGGUGGAAAUUUCCGGCCUUACGGGAGACAUAAGAUUUAAUGAAGAUGGCAAACGCCAGAACUACACGCUGCAUGUAGUCGAGAUGACGGUGAACAGCGCGAUGGUGAAGGUGGCCGAGUGGUCCGACGAGAACGGCCUGACGCCGGUGGUGGCCAAGUACACCCGGCUGAAAACGGACAUGAACUACGAGCGGAACAAGACCUACAUCGUAACGACCAUCAUCGAGGAGCCGUACGUUAUGCUGCGGCAGCCCGAGCCGGGCGAAACGCUGGACGGGAACGAUCGCUUCGAGGGCUACUGCAAGGAUCUGGCUGAUUUAGUGGCGAAAAAACUUGGCAUCAACUAUGAGCUACGCAUCGUCAAGGACGGCCAGUACGGCGCCGAGAAUCCGGACGUGAAGGGCGGCUGGGACGGCAUGGUCGGCGAGCUGGUCCGCAAGGAGGCCGACAUCGCAAUCGCAUCGAUGACAAUUACCUCCGAGCGGGAGCGCGUUAUCGACUUCAGUAAGCCGUUUAUGUCACUCGGCAUUUCCAUUAUGAUCAAGCGGCCGGUCAAGCAGAAGCCCGGCGUGUUUAGCUUUCUCAAUCCAUUGUCGAAAGAGAUUUGGAUAUGUGUCCUGUUCAGCUACGUCGGCGUCAGCAUCGUCCUGUACAUCGUGUCUCGCUUUUCACCAUUCGAGUGGCGGCUAGUUAAUUAUAACGACAAAGGAAACGCGUUUGGCAUACUUGCAGGCGAGCAGCCGGACGCCGUCCCGCAGGCCACGGUCAACGAGUUCAGCAUACUGAACUCGUUCUGGUUUGCGCUGGGGGCGUUCAUGCAGCAGGGCUGUGACAUCUCGCCGCGGUCCAUCUCGGGCCGAAUCGUCGGCUCGGUCUGGUGGUUCUUCACGCUCAUACUCAUCUCGUCGUACACUGCCAACCUGGCGGCGUUCCUGACCGUCGAGCGAAUGGUCACACCCAUCAACUCCCCCGAGGAUCUUGCCUCGCAGACCGAGGUGCAGUACGGCACGCUCAUACACGGCUCGACGUGGGAUUUCUUCCGGAAAUCGCAAAUCUCCCUGUACAGCCGCAUGUGGGAGUACAUGAACUCGCGGAAGCACGUCUUCGUCAAAACGUACGACGAAGGCAUCCGGCGGGUGCGGACGUCCAAGGGAAAGUACGCACUGCUCAUCGAGUCGCCCAAGAAUGAUUACACGAACGAGCGGGAACCGUGCGACACGAUGAAGGUGGGCCGGAACCUGGACGCCAAAGGGUUCGGCAUUGCCACCCCACUGGGAUCGCCGUUGAGGGAUCCAAUCAACUUAGCAGUGCUAUCACUCAAGGAAAACGGAGAACUUACCAAACUGGUUAACAAGUGGUGGUACGACAGAACGGAGUGCAAGCACACCGACAAACAGGACGCUUCUCGGAAUGAACUCUCUCUGAGCAACGUUGCCGGUAUAUUCUACAUACUCAUAGGAGGUCUCCUGGUGGCACUGGCCGUUGCCCUGGUAGAAUUCUGCACGAAAAGUUCCAAUAGGGCAUCAAAUCGCAUCCCGCUCUCCGAUACGAUGAGUUCGAACUCCAACUCGAAGAAUCGACUGACCAUGCCCCCAACCACGAGGGACUACGACAAUGGACGAAUCGGGUACUACACUCCGUCGACGCACUCCGAGCCCGAUCCGAUCCAUGCCAACUCGCAUACGCAGGUUUGAUGUAAGGAGCCGCCGGAAUUGCGCCUUUGACGGCCACCAUACGCUCCCACCAUUCGACAGAUCGUGGCCAACAGUCAGCAUGACACGUCCACACUGUUGAAACAGCGGCAGCUGGUGGCCGGACCGGGAGCUCCUCCUGGCAGCGUGCUGGGACCCGGCCCGGGUGGUGGCAGCGUGGUGCACGAUAAUUCCGGCUUGUAAAGCUUCCAGUCCUGUUCCAUAACCUAGUAUGACAAACAUCUGAACACGCAAACGACACCUGCCAUUAGUGUCAGCGCGAGUUAGAAUUCAACCAACCUACCCCUCUAAGCAGCAGUCAUCAACUUGAUACGGAUUCUAGGUCGUAAUUGUAAGAAAAUGAUGUACAUAGAUUAGUUUUUGUUAUGAAAUGUAAAAUUAAAAAGCGCUAGGUAAUCAAAUUAUUAAAAUAAAUCUAAUCAAAUAAUUCGAACGACGAUUCUGCCGGUGUUCAGCGCAAUCGAAGUCGAAGUAAGCAAAACAAAAAACAAAUGAACUGACGAUUAAACAAAUUAAGCCAAAACUCUCUGUUAUUCGUUCAUUGGAUUGAAAAAAAGAAAUAAAUAUUUCAAUCGAACACUAAACAUUUAAAAUGAAUAAAAAAUAAACGAAAUCAAAAGUAAAUACUACUUCCCGAACACACUGAAACAAAAACACUCAUACAUUGUAAAUUGAAAACAACAAUAGUUUUACCUUACCAAAAAAAAAUCGUAAAUAGUGCAACCCUACAGAAAAAAGACAGAACCUACCUAUACAUUUCGAGAAUCUCAAAAGAGAAAACGAAUCGCCAAAUUAUCAUUCGACAUCAUGUGUAAAACUACUUUGUGGUCAUACCAGAAAGGUCAUCCAAGUUCCUCAGAAAACAAAAAAAAAUCAUUCCAUCUAUUCUAGUUCACUCCAUGCGAAGAUCUAUCACGUAUUAUUGAUUGCGUACGACUACAUACGACACUGAUCCUCUUCGACGACUCUGCAAAGCGAUCCAUUCGUAGCCAAUUCAACUAUGGAGAGAUUUGUGGACUGUAAAUGUGGAGUGCAUAUUUGACUGUGUCAUAAACUUGGCCAUACAGAGGGGCAACAGAAACUCGAGAGAAUAAAUCAAUCACGCAAGAGAAAUGGGUCCGUGAUUUUGAUAAGGUUGAAUAAAAGUUGAAACUAAGAAAGUAAAUCUGGUAAACAGAAAAUGAAAAAGGUCAGUGGAAGAAAAUAUCAAUGAAAAUCAAACUGAUGUGUUGAAUAACUCCUACUAUAAGUAAAUUAAAGAAAAUAAGACAUGAACAAACAGACACACACACAACCAGUGGGCAGUUGUUUUAUCUGUUUUCCUUCAGUUUGUACAGCGAUUACUAUGACACUGUUUUUGUUGGAGAAAUGUUUUUGAAAUAAAAUCGAGAUCUAGAAACUUUUA